GGGGACCAAAGGCGUCGUCGCUGGCUGUCCAAUGGUUCGGCUUGUACUGACAGCAGAGGUCCGAGAUCGACUUGCGCUCCUCACGACACUCGCGCAGUACAACGAGCGCAAGUCUACAACGAGUCUGGCUGGCUCCUCGUCGUCCAAACACGCUGCAAUACCGAAUGAGGUGAUCGAAAGGAUAGAGUACUAUCUCGACGCCUCUGCCGACUUCUACGAAGCUCAAGAUCAUGCGCCGAGCAGCAAGCUCACAUCUCCCUUGCGAUCACCUAUGCCUAUCGCUGGCGCCGCGGCAGAUGACACCACGAAUGUCGAAUGGAUCGAAUCCAUUAUACUACAUGACGUGGCACGUUGGGCGAGAGAUCAGCUCGUCCUUGUCGAGCCAGGGGACGCUAGAAGCUUGCACGAUCAGACCGCCCGCUCAGGAUGGCAAUGGACUUGUCGUUCUGGUCAUCUAGAACCGCAGCAUCUGCUUCUCAGCGAGUUACUACGCGGCGCGUCAGUCUACGUUGACCCACCUGUCCGUCAGGAACGGUCGUCUGAGUUGGAAAAGAUCCUCGCAGAGAUUUCUCUGAAGCAGGAAUACGCAAGUUACGCCAAGAUGGUGUCCUCCGCCACCUCACCUCUCCGCAGCGUAUCGCGACGAUCCUCGGCCGCAUCUGACGAUGCUGCCCAUGUCGAUCUGGCCUCACUGACACCGUCGUACGAUCUCUUCGGCAAGCGAAGGAUCAGGCCACACGAAGGCACCCUUGCAGCAGAAUGGCGGCAGUCUCAGCGUGAAGUCUCUGCAGUCAUCAACGUCCUCGCCUCCAUGAUCGCCGUCGGCUUCGCAGCCUGGUGGGCAACGGGCGCAGUAGGCACGGUCUGGACGCCCAUCCAGAAGCUCUGCCUGGCUGGGUUCGCUAGUGUCUUCAUCGGUGCAGCAGAGACGUUUCUGUACAUUCGCUUUUUCGCUGGACAGAGUCGCCCGAAGCGGCGCAAAGCGAACGUGCGCACAGUAUCUCAAGUAGGCGUAUUGAUGCCCAGUCUGGUAUUAUCUACGCCUACGGCCAGGGCUGGCAACGCUGCGACUCUUUCCAAAGCAUCAAGCUCUGCGCUCAAAAGUCCGAGUAGCGUCGCAGCAAGACCUGCCCAUCGUCGUCGUCGAUCCGAGCAGAGCAUCUCACUGGCAAUGCGCAAGUCGCAAGGCGUAGAAGCCAAGCUCAAGCAUGUAGCCGCAGAGAAGGAGCUUCGUGCUAUAACCCCGCCAAGCUCACCCAAGAGUAGUAAAUUGAAGUUGUAA